CUUCACCUUGAACCCAAUGAAGCAAAAUACGGUCAUAUCAACACCAGUCCUUACACAGAUCAUCGCCGUCUUGAUCGUAGGACACAGAAACCUGAUCACCAACAAGUAAAGCAUGUGGCUGUUCGGACUUGUUUACCUGUUGACCGGCUACUUUACUGUACAUGGACAAUCGGCCGACCAAACGGUCCCGGCAACUCCGGACAUCAGGACCAUUCUUACGGUUGUUUCGGAUCUAACAAAGCAGAUUGAAGGACUGGAGAAAUAUCAACUGAACUAUCUACAAAUCGUUUCAUCCUUGGAAGCGAAAGUGGAUUCUGUUCAACGGAAAUGUGAUAAAAUUCUAGAAGAAAACAACAGACUAAGGGAGAGAGUUGAAAUCUUAGAGAAUCUCAAUCACCCUGACGAUCCUAAACCAUCUACCACGCAUGAGCAAAUCAACCCGAGAGAAGAAGAUCGAACCUCUCUUGGAAAACUUUUUAUAAAUGAGAAUCACAGCAGUAGAAAAAUUACUGAACAUUCCUAUACAAAUAUCACUACAGCAGACUUCGGUCUGAAAUCAGAUCCAGGAGCAACUACUGUUGAAUCUGCACCUGAUGCCCAGUCAGGGAACGAAAUCCCAAAAUCUACUGUAGGAUUUGACAAGUUGGCGGUAAGGAGCAAGAAACCAGAGCAUCAAAAUCGAGUCCAAGCAACACCAGCCUUCGUAGCAUUCAACGCCUAUCUCUCGGGCACCAUACUCGACCCGGGAACUGGCUACAUAAUCCAGUUCAAUGACGUUUUGACAAAUGUUGGAGACGGCUACAAUCCUGCGACGGGUGUGUUCAAGUGUCCGAUCGCCGGGCUCUACGCCUUCACCUGGUGUACAGGAAUGGCGAACGCUGGUUACAUGACGACAGCGCUGUUGAAAAAUGGAAUCUCAGUGGCGUAUUCCUUCGUAUCUUAUCCUCACGAUUCUUACCCAUCAACGGCAUGUCAAACGUCAGUACUGAUGCUGAGUUACGGCGACAUACUAUAUGUCAAAGUGACGGCUCAAACCUCGUCACCCGCGUUAUACAGUCCCUACACCUCCUUUAACGGGUUCCUUCUAAAACACGACGCAUUGUCAUCAACAGACGUCGUGGCUUUCACUGCACAUCUGUCAAAAGAUAUACCCGAACCAGGAGAUGACUACUCAAUUAAAUUUGAUCACGUGGUCACAAAUAUUGGAAACGGCUACAAUCCCCUGACGGGGGUGUUCACGUGUCCGAAGGCUGGUGUCUACUUGUUCACCUGGACUGCAGGGAUAUCUAAUGCCGGGUACCUCUUCACACAACUUGCUAAAAAUGGCGUCACUGUGACUAAUUCUUUCACAGGAGAUAACUAUUACAGUUCCCUAUCCUCAGCAAUGGCAGUUUUGUUGCUAAAUCAGGGAGACGUUGUCAGUGUAAGAGUGAUAGCUCAUUCACCAGCACCAUCGGUAUGGCAUCAUUACACAUCCUUUACCGGACUUAUAUUACACUAGGACAUAAUUAUGUUACACUAGGACACAUUGUAUUACACUAAGACACAUUUAUAUUACACUAGGACACAUUUAUAUUACACUAUGACAUAUUUAUAUUACACUAGGACACAUUUAUAUUACA